UCUUAUAUUUCUCCUUUGUGGGGAAGGAAGGGUAUGGGGACAUUCAUGCUGGAGGCAGUAGUAUGAAGGUAAAGGGGGUGAUUUCUUUUCUUGCUCUUAUAGGCUAUCCAGAAAAGGAAGGGGGGAUCAAGACCAUUUUUGAGAUAUUCUAGAAUAAAGUGACAUUUUUGUUCAAAAUGUACAUUAAGAUAUUGGUGAGCUUUAGAAACCAAAAUUAUCAAAAGUGAUCCAAAUCAUUGUCAUUCUUUUCACAAUGUUUGUCUCAGAUUUUACCUUUAAAGGAGCUUGUGAUAACAGCUUAGGAAAUCUCACUCUGUGCUUCAAAAUCGUGCAUUGUCUGUCCUUCGCUAGGGCAACCAUAAGAGUUCACUGAGAGGACAAAUUUUCUAUCUCAUUAGUUUUUUUUUUUUUUAAGGCAAACCUUACUAACCCCUCAAACCCUUGACCUUUAAAGACAGUAUUUUGUGUAAACUCUAUAUUUCUCGUACUAAGAUGACCCUUGUACAUGGUCUGCUUUCUCCCUCUUUAUCCCUCCCUCUCUUUAAUACACACUCAUCUGCUUUAGUCACAGAGCCAAGCUGUGCAUGACUCUGGAGAUAAAAGUUUUGUCAACAUCUGAAAUCAACCUAAAUCGGAUAGGAGACACUUUAAUGGUUACAGUCUGAAUUAAGUACUUAACACUCUCCCCCAUGAAGAAAAAUGGCACUUUGCAGGCUUUCUUCCCUAGUUUUGCUGAAAUCUACGAUAUACCCAGUGUUUUAUUACAGCAGGAAUUCAACUGUGACAGGCAUAGCAGAGUACUUAAUACCCAGGAUGGAACUCAUGAGAAGAUUACCUAGAUAUAUAGGGGUAGGCCUGCUGCACAGUGUCUGUCUUUAUAUCCAGCUGUCCCAGGGUGCCCCAUUCCCCAGCUUCUCACCCGUCUCCCCAUAGUCUGGGAAUCGCAGUAUCUCCUGAGCAGCCCCCAGUCCCCCCAACUUCCAAACUGUGCUACUCUUCUCAUUGCUGCCUUCCUUCUAGCAGUGUCAGUAUAGAAUUAGAUCAGCAACUGCCUAAAAUAAAAGAAGAAUUCCCAAAGAAUAAAUGAAUCAAAUGGAAACCAGAGGCUUCCCGGUUGCAUGAGUGGGUUCUGCACAAGCAACAGGGCAUCUCUGGCACCUUCUUGGUCUCUGCACUCCUAGGCACCAUCUUAUUUUGAAGAACUCAAGCUCACCUUUCCCAACAGAGGCUCCUGAUACCUGUUCUCCACAAUACACUGCUCCAACAGUAACUGCUUUGGACACACACAGAAGGACAAGCUCCGGAAACAAUGGAGGGAGGAGGGGGAGGAAAAGUAAGAGAAGUUGUGUUCUGUCUCCUUGAUAGGAUCAAGUCAUAAAAAUUUCUAGUCUGCAACUUCUGGCUGGGAACUCUGGCAUCUCUUCUGAAAGCUCCACGUUCAUGGAAUAUGCCCUGUCCCCUUUCAGGCCAGCCUCCUUCUCUCUAGACAUGCGUCCUAGAACAGAAAAAGCCAGAUUGAAAGACUCCACACUGAAAGAGACCUGGAAGUCAUUUGGGUUCGAUCUUCUCAGUUUACCUAUGAGGAAAGUGAGGCAGCUGAAUAGUUCACCUGCUCUUGCUAAUGAGUGUGUAGUCUGAAAAGAGCCUUUGGUCUCACCAUGGACAUGGAUAUAAUAAGCACACAUGAUUUCUUCCCCAACAGAAGCUAUUCUUCUAAAAGAAUAUGACCUGGGGUUACCCAGAUGUGCAUUGCUACAGGUGUAUGUAGCCUGGAUUUAGAAGAUAAGAGUUUGCCUGAUGUAUCAUGAAGUUGCCUUGGGAGAUUAUGCAACCAAAUUGCCCUAGCCUUGGCACUCAGACAGGUGGCUGAUAACUGGUCUCAGGAGCCCAGGGAUAUCAAAGUGCCUUGGAGUGCAGUGGGCUCCCUGCUGUUCACAGUGCUUCUCAUCCAGGAUGACUAAGUCUGCUGUGUUCUCCCUGUAAUUUCUUUGGGGGUUCCUUGCCCCAUCAGCUUGAAGGUGAACGCGCUCAGGAGGCCUAGGGAACAGAAAAACCAAACGGGGACCCUGUUUGCAGCUGAUAAAGGUGUAACGCCUGUUCGAGGGAGAUAUUGAAAUUGUAAUCUUUGAGGUCACGUGACUCAUUAAAUAAUUAAUGCAGAUCGUCUGGAAUGGAUCGGAGUCGUCAGGGCCUCACUAGGAAUGAAUCUCUCAGAAGUGAGACUCCAACUUCCUUUUUGAUUUUUAAAUACACGCAUCCUCAGAUUUAUCUUCAAAGGCUUUUAACUCCUUCAGGAAGGCAGGAGGGAGCCCUUUAGCGAAGAGAACCAGAGCUGGUGUGCUCUAGCUGGGUCCUGGUGCUUUUCUGCAGGGUUCCUGCGAGUCCAGGGAACGCGCUGCGUCCGGGGAAACGUGAGUUUGGGCUCUUUUUUUUUUUUUUUUUUCUCCCUGUGGUCACAUCCUGGCUUUGGUGAUGAAGUGGGACGGAUGCGCAGACAGUUGGUAAUGUUCUGAUUCACGCUGAGGAAGGCUGCAGAGAUACCACAGGACGGGCGCGCGGCUUUGUUCAAUUUUCCAGGCUUUCAUAAAUCAACUGCGCCGGGCGAGCGAGGGAGCAAGCAGACGCCAAAAACGCGGAGCGAGGCCACGGCGGCGCGGCGGCGGCCAUUGCAGAGCUAGAGACCUGGCAGCAUCUCUUUCUCUCUUUGACUCAUUAGUUUGAAGGAUUUAUGGGGAACGGCAACCAUGAAUAUUAGACUUGGGGAUAAGGAAAUCGCGACAAUAAUAACAACCAUAAUAAUUACAAUACUAAGCCUGACUCGAGGGGAUGGUGGUGGUAGUGGCGGUGGCAGUGGAUGGUGGCAGAGUGGAUCUUUCUGGGGGCGAAAUUGAGCAAAACAGUGCAGAAUGUCUAAGCCCUCCACCCUUCAGCUGGGGUCGUUCCAGCUGCCCCAAGGCUGGAGGGUCUCCCCUUCAAGGUGCGGAGGGCAAGUCUGAAGAAGGGAAAAGAGCCCAGCGUGGACUCUUGAGUCCCCAGCAGGGAUGGAAGUUAAAGGCUGCGGGCAGAGUUGUGGCAGAGGCAGUUGUCAGUUUGUGUCAUUUGCUCAGCAUGCCAGGAGUCAGAGGACCUGUCAGCUCUCUGGUAGCCCCUCUCUCAUGGAUGCAGGAAAGGCAGAAGAGGGCUGUUUUGCAGCAGCUCAGAAUCUGGGAGGUGUUGUAGGUCUGGGCAAAGCUCUGGUGGCUUCAGGGUUAGGGCUGUGAAAACAAUGCCCCAUAGAGUUUCAGCAGAACUCACCAGUGGAUUCGCUGUUCCUUUCCCAGUGUCUUCUGCCCCAAAAAGUUGGCUUAGAGUUCCAGAAUCAGAUUUCCUGGUUAGAGCUCAAGAGACUGUUGCAAAUAUUGUGAGGUGUGAGAAUACAGUCGUUUUGUGGAUUUCUGACUGCUGAGCAGGGCCCCGAUUGAGUAUUGUUCAGCGACCUGCCUUCGUCUUGCCCAGUAUCCAGCAGCAGUAGCUGGUCUGCCAGCCCUGCAGCAUCCAGUGGCCGCCCAGCACUUGAAUGAACCAGAGGACAAAACCUCCCAAGACUGCCUCUGGUCUGUGGACUGAGCCUGAGCCUGAUUUCGCGCCAACAGAAAUGAACGCUAUUAGUGAGUAGGUUUCGGGAGAGUCCAGAUUGAAUGCUUCCAGACAAGGCUUCCCUUUGUUAGCAAAAGAAAAUAAAGCAUGCAUUCACAUUCCCCAAGUUGUGGUGCGAGAGGAGCUCUCCCAGCUGACUUGGCCCCACCAGCAAAGCCUUUUCUACCUCUUUCUAUCUUCCUUCUCCAUCUAGUCCAUUUUUUCCCUCCUCUUCUAUAAAAGAAAAAAAAAAGUAGAGAGUGUGGGUGUGGAGAUGGAGUAUGUAUUUAUUUUACAAAAAUAAAUCACCAUCUUCAGGUCAUUUGUAGACUGGAACAUUUCGAGCUAUGAGUGCCAUUGCAUGGACGAGUGCCCUGGCGACUCCUCCGUGUCCACAUCACCCCAAGGCCAUCCUGUUGCCCUCACAGGCCACCUUCUCAACUCUGGUCCUCCAGAGUUGAGAACUCCCUUAUCUUGCAGCCACUGUUCAUCCUUUGCUGUUUAUUUGUCUGCAGAGUGCCUGGACACAGGAAAAGACGGUUCCCUGAGCUCCUGGAGCUGGAAGCAAUUCCUGGUCCAGAUUUAAACAUUUUUGGAGGUCUGCGCGGGGCGGCCAUUGGCGGCGGAGUGUCACGUGACCGCGGGGGCGUGCCAAUGUGCGCCCUCACGUGUGUCAAGCCCCUGUCAGAGUGUUUGAUCAAGAUCCUGAAACAACGCGAUGCAAAAAGCGACCUACUACGACAGCUCAGCGAUCUACGGCGCCUACCCCUACCAGGCAACCAACGGGUUCGCUUAUAAUGCCAGUCAGCAACCCUAUGCGGCAUCUGCCGCUCUGGGAGCCGAUGGCGAGUACCACCGACCGGCCUGUUCACUUCAGUCACCCGCCAGCGCGGGGGGCCAUCCCAAGGCACACGAACUAAGCGAAGCAUGUCUGCGCACCUUGAGCGGCCCGCCCAGCCAGCCUCCAGGCCUAGGCGACCCACCCCUGCCCCCUCCGCCGCCGCCCCAGGCCGCACCACCAGCUCCCCAGCCACCCCAACCUCCACCGCAGCCCCCUGCGCCCACCCCUGCAGCCCCUCCGCCCCCCUCUUCUGUUUCCCCUCCUCAGAAUACCAGCAGCAAUCCCACCCCAGCCAACGCAGCCAAGAGCCCCCUGCUCAACUCGCCCACCGUGGCCAAACAAAUCUUCCCCUGGAUGAAAGAGUCAAGGCAAAAUACAAAGCAGAAAACCAGCGGCUCCAGCUCAGGCGAGAGCUGCGCUGGUGACAAGAGCCCGCCUGGACAGGCGUCUUCCAAGCGCGCGCGCACGGCCUACACGAGCGCGCAGCUGGUGGAGCUGGAGAAGGAGUUCCACUUCAACCGCUACCUGUGCCGCCCGCGCCGGGUGGAGAUGGCCAACCUGCUGAACCUCACCGAGCGCCAGAUCAAGAUCUGGUUCCAGAACCGCCGCAUGAAAUAUAAGAAGGAUCAGAAGGGCAAGGGCAUGCUGACGUCAUCCGGGGGCCAGUCCCCAAGUCGCAGCCCCGUGCCCCCAGGCGCGGGCAGCUACCUGAACUCUAUGCAUUCGCUAGUCAACAGCGUCCCGUACGAGCCCCAGUCGCCCCCACCUUUCUCUAAACCUCCCCAAAGCGCCUACGGUCUCCCUCCCACCUCCUACCCCGCACCCCUACCCAGCUGUGCACCCCCACCUCCCCCACAGAAGCGCUAUGCGACGGCGGGGGCGGGCUCAGGAGGCACCCCAGACUAUGACCCGCACGCUCAUAGCCUCCAGGGCAACGGCAGCUAUGGGACCCCACACUUACAGGGAAGCCCCGUCUUCGUGGGGGGCAGCUAUGUGGAGCCCAUGAGCAACUCUGGGCCGGCUCUCUUUGGCCUAACUCACCUCCCCCACGCAUCGGCGGCCGCCAUGGACUACGGGGGCGCUGGGCCACUGGGCAGCGGUCACCACCACGGGCCAGGGCCAGGAGAGCCUCAUCCCACUUACACGGACCUUUCAGCCCACCAUCCUUCUCAGGGAAGAAUUCAGGAAGCGCCCAAACUCACCCACCUGUGAUGGUGGGCUAGGGGCUGCGUGCCAGGAGAGUCCCCCUCCUUCACCCUUUUCUUUUUCUUGUUUUAGGUUCUUUCUGCCCCUUCCUUUCCCCCUUCCCCGUUUUGUUCUCUUUUGGUAAUGCAUUUUUAUAGUUUAUGUGACGUAGCAAUCUUGGUUGCUGGAAUGGCUGUCAGUAUCAGUAGCGAUAUUUAUCUCUUCCCGCCCCUCGCUCCGCCGCUGGCCCUACACCCUUUACCUUCUCUACUCUUUGAUCAGAAACAGGGUAUAUGAACAAAUUUUCUAGUCGAGUUUUCAAUGUGAAUUUGUUCGUACUUUAAGGCUUCCGAGGGGAAGCAAUUACUUUUUUUUAAUUUUUAGUUUUUUAAAUUGCACUUCUUGUAAAGAGUGAGAAAAAAAAUCAAAGGCGCUUUGAAACAGGGGCUCCCUGUACAAGGAUGAUUAAGUGUACGUCUUUCCCGUGUGUGUAUGCUGGUGAACAGUCAGAUUUAUUUAUAUUUUUUUUGCAAGCAUUGAAUAGUCUAAGUUUUAAAUAUUAUUUAUCCCCAUCCGUUCGUAUUUAUAUUAAAGAAAUUGUGUACCCUGGUUGUUCAGAAGGUUUCUUGGGCCUUUUGUUCAAUAGUGUAUUGGCGUACAUAUAAAUUUUUUAUUUGAAAGGGAAAUAUAAUUCCUUUAUAAAAAUGGUAAUGAUGCAAUAAAACCAGAGAGGAUCCAGCGUUUGAAAACAGUGACUUAGGUUUGUAACAUCCGGUAAAACUGAAAAAAA